AUGCCUGAAGAAACACCUCAACUCACUGAGCUUCGCACUGUCCCUGAAGCCUUGCAAUGUCUCGAGGCUCUGGUUGCUCGAGCACUUUCUGCUGAUGCCACUCCUGGUGCCACACCCGGCAGUGGCACUCCCGGUAUGGGUGCUCCUCAAGUACCCCCUGUCCAGGCUGCUGGUUUGCACACCCCUGCCAUUGCCACCUUUAACCCCCUUGUGAAGCAGUCUGUCAUUGACAGUAUUGUUGAUGGAAAGUUUGAGGCAGAGAAUCUCGUGAAGCUUCCAUCCCGCCCUUCUCAUCCUGGCUAUAAGCGUGGCCAACCUGUUUUGCUGGAUCUUUCCUCUGGGACACUGCGUACCGAGCAUGCCCAGGAUGUUUCUUUGACAGAGUCUGGCCUGCCCAAGCCCUUCCUGAAGGCCUUCCCCAACUGCCUUGCACUCCUUGAGGCUUGA